AUGUUGUGUCCCUAUUCCCAGGUCUUUCACAAACUCAUCACCAAUGGCCACCGAUGCUUGCAACCUCUCUUCGAUUGUCUCAUAACGAUCAUUGCUAAUGUUUCUCCUUACCUGAAGACACUGUCCAUGGUGACCGCUAACAAAUUGAUUCAUUUGUUGGAGGCGUUUAGCCAGCCGCGCUUUCUCUACGCUGCUCCGACACAUUAUCAGUUAGUGUUCUUGUUGCUGGAGGUCUUCAACAACAUAAUUCAGUACCAAUUCGACGGCAACAGCAAUUUGGUGUAUACCCUCAUUCGGAACCGCCAGGUUUUCUACCAUUUAGCUAAUUUGCCCACGGAUAAAGUCAGUAUCCAACGUAUUAUCAGUCGCCGUUCCGAGCCCGCUGAUAAAAGCUCUGCUCUGUCAACUCCACAAUCGUCACCAUCACAUGUGUCAGCGACCUCAACUUCCAAGACACGAACCCAUAAUUCGGUCAACACACAACGUUCUACAGACACACCUGUUGCACAGCACUCGGAACGUGAACUGUCCGUGGAUAAUUCUUCUAACAAAUCAGUCCAGUUAUCGAAUUACGAUGAUUCAGUGAACGGCGAUCACAACGACAAAAGUGGCGCCCCACUUGAGUCACAGCCGCACACGUCUGUCGCCCCUCUGGAAGUUGGCGUCAUGACUGAUAAGCAACUAGCCGAUGCAGCGGAUGAAACAUCCAAAAACUUGAAAUCUCUUGACGGAAACAAUCAACCUCUGGAGAACGCCCUCGUAUCUCACUCUUCUCCAUCUCGCUUUGCUCGAUCGCAUUCGGACAGUAGCGCAGAUACGCCUCCAAAGGAUCGUUGGUCGAAAACCGCACACAAGCAUGGAUCGGGUUCGCUUGCACACCUCGGGCUAACUGCCCAUCAGAUAGGCGUCAACGGUGAUUCCGAUCCUCAAGGAAAGCGACCGAGUGUGCAUCAGCAGAUGGAACCCCAAACCCCGGAGCCACGCCCGUGUGCAUCGAGCAUUCAUAUGAAUCCGAAGACAGCUGACUCAAGCACAAGUCAUGUACCCGGUCAAACUCUCAAAUCCUCCGAUUGCUCUAGCGAAUCAUGGUCUCCCAGUUCAGCGUGGGCAUCCGGAUGGAAGGCGAAGAUGCCGUUUCAAACGAUAAUGCGCUUGCUACAGGUAUUGGUACCGCAGGUGGAGAAAAUUUGCAUUGACAAG